UAAACUCCAGCUCCUCUCCCCGCUCGGCUCCCACUGCGAUUCCGCCCAAACCGCCAAAGGCUCUGCACUUUCUGCCCCCCUCCUCCUCCGAGAUCCCAUCCAUGGCGGCGGCCUCGGCGUCCCGCCUCCGGAUCUAAACCCCCCCACACAGCCAUUGCGGGGUCUGUGACCGGCGCCCCGACAGCUGCACAGGUCGCCGCAGCCGACCCGUGUCGUUGCCUUGCAAGAUUUGCUUUGCCGCUGCGUGUCCUGGGUAGGUGGUGGGCAGUGGGUUUACUUCUCCCUGGUCCGUUCAUGCUUCCUUGAAAUGGGUGUCUGACGCGAGGGGGGCUCGGCGCUACGGACUGCCUGCCGCCGCCAUGUGGAAGCAGUUCCUUGGUAAGCUCUCGGGGAAGUCGCCGAAAUCCGGUGGAGGCGGGGGCUGGGGAUCUCCGCCGCCCAAGUUCCCAACGUCGUAUGACGUGAAUGGGAGGCAGUGGGACUCGAUGCGGGCGUCUCCUCCGCUCGCGGCUAUCGCCGGAGCGGAGGGGGAGACAAGGGAGGACGUGUUCCUCCGGAAGCUGAACGUCUGCUGCGUGUUGUUCGACUUCUCCAACGACCGGGGCCGGGACUCUCCGGAGAGGGAGAGAAAGCGGCAGGUGCUCAUGUCUCUCGUCGACUGCCUCGGCACGGCGGAGGAGCCCCUCACGGAGGCGAUGGUCUCGGCCUGCGUGCGUAUGUUCGCCAUCAACCUGUUCAGGGUCUUCCCGCCCAAGGUCCGGCCAGGCACCGGGGCAGCUGCCGAGGCUGACGAGGACGAUCCGUUCUUUGACCCCUCAUGGUACCACUUACAGGUCGUAUACGAGCUGCUCCUCCGGUUCGUCACCUCUCCGGUCAUUGAUGUGAAGGUGGCUCGCAAGUACAUGGACAAUUCGUUCAUCUCUAGGCUGCUUGAUUUGUUAGAUUCUGAUGAUCCUAGAGAAAGGGAUUGCUUGAAGACAGUAUUGCAUAGGAUAUACGGAAAAUUCAUGGGUAAUCGGCCCUUCAUCCGCAAGGCUGUGAGCAAUAUCUUCUAUAGGUUUGUAUCCGACGCUGAUCGUCACAAUGGGAUUGCUGAACUCUUGGAGGUGUUCGGGAGUGUGAUUAGUGGGUUUGCGAAACCACUGAAGGAGGAGCAUAAGUUAUUUCUGUGGAAGGCAUUGAUUCCUCUUCAUAAACCGAAGACAGUGGGCAUGUAUCUGCCGCAGUUGACAUACUGCAUUACACAGUUUAUUGACAAGGAACCAAAGCUCUCAGGGACUGUGAUCAGAGGCCUGUUGAAGUACUGGCCAGUGACGAACAGUCAGAAAGAGAUGAUGUUCUUGGGGGAGUUGGAGGAGGUGCUGGAAUUGACAGAAAUGCCCGAGUUCCAGAAGUGCAUGGUCCCAUUGUUUCGGAGGGUUGCACACUGCUUGAAUAGCUCUCAUUUUCAGGUUGCUGAAAGAGCCUUAUUCCUGUGGAACAAUGAGCACUUGUUCGGUUUGAUCUCUCAAAACCACCAAGUUAUCUUGCCAAUCAUAUAUCCAGCUCUCGAAAGGAAUGCUCGUUUGCAUUGGAACCAAUCGGUUCUGAAUGUUACAAUGAAUGUCAGGAAAAUGUUCUUCGACAUGGAUCAGAAGCUGCUGUUGGCUUGUGAGAAAAAUUUCCAAGAGGAGGAAGAGAAGCAAGCCGCAUCUGAGGAGCGGAGAAGGCUUAUAUGGGAGCACCUUGAGAGGAAUGCCGCAUUCCAUCCAGUAACCAGAGACAUCAGCUUUGCUGCUUUUCCUAAACCUGCUCCUCUGGUAGCUCCCACUAUGACAUAAUAUAUAUGUGUUCAAAUGUACUUCAUUCCACUCCAUUUAUAGCACUAUGGGUGCUGUGCAGGGCAUUUUGUCAACU